UCCGUCCAGGAGGGUGCGAAAACGGAGAACGAGCACAUCGAACUGAAAGUUGCCGGGCAGGACGGCUCCGUGGUGCAGUUCAGAAUCAAGCGGCACACUCCGCUGAGCAAGCUCAUGCAGGCGUACUGCUUCCGACAGGGCUUGUCAAUGAGGUACAUUAUGUUCCUGUUUGAUGGAAAGCCCAUUAAAGAAGCAGACACACCUGCACAGCUGGAGAUGGAACACAACGACACGAUCGAAGUGUACCAGCAGCAGACAGGAGGAGGGUGCUAAGACACAGCAUCUUUUGGAGAACAGUUUAAGGAUCCUCAUCACUCCCUGCUCUCUCAUCUCUCCUUGGAUUUGCUGUUUUAUUAGGGAACAGAUGAACAUGCCAAUCACACAGGGUUCUUUGAAACUUCUCAGGAUAUUUACCAAAGUUGCUUGUUGUCUUUGACGUUCUGUGUGCACAAGUCAAAAUAGUAUCUGCAGGGAUUGAGCUGUGUCUGAAUUUCACUAUUUCAAAUUCAGAUUAAGUAAUAUGUGUUGUCUCUCUGUUGUUAGCCUUUUUUAAAAAAAUACUGUUUGUAUUAUCUCUUUUUUUUCUCUCUUUAAACUUGUGGCCUAAGCAUUCAUCCAUGUAUUGGGACACUGAGUGUUCUUUCCUGUCUCUGUUUGGUUUUGUCCCUGUUUUAACUUAAACUAUAGAAAUAGUUCAAUGUAUUUUCAUGCCAAGUGUGAGUGUAAAAGUUUCCUUUUAAGAUGUGCGUGAGAGAAGGGACACAGAUACAGGUUUAAAGUUUUUAGCUCAUGUUACAAAUUCAUUCAAUCCCUUGGGCAGCAUCCUGCCCUUGACUGGGGCUAGAACACAAUACAAUGCUUAGGAUAGGGUUUAAAUACUUCAGGUUUACAUGUGGUUUUUUCAUAUUAUGAUAAAGUAGGACAAAAUAUACUUUUCUUUAAUGCAGAAAUGGGGGUUUUUUUUGUCCUGCACUAUUGCAGAGCUGGAGGUUGCAGCAGGGCAGCUGGUCCAAAAACUUAAUGCUUGUGAUAGAGCUCCCUUAACUUUGAGUCUCUGUGGGCACUGGAAGUCCGUGGCCUCAGAUUUCUUUUUAAAUCUCUUUUUUGUAUAUAAACUUGGUAAAUGAGAGGGGGAAAUGCCUUUUAAUGUCACCAGACUGUGCAGAAGAGCUAGUAAGCGAGGAGAGACAUUUAGAUGUCGUGAAAUAAAUUGCUGUCCUGCCCCUCCAGCCUUGCUGAGGUUUAAUUAUUUGUGUGGUGUUUUGGCCUCCAGGAAGCCCGUUCCUGAGGAAUUUUGACUGAGGCUGUCCUGCUGCUCCAUGGAAUCAUCCCCAGCCUCUUCUCUUUCCAUUUAUUCACGUUAUCUAUGCUUCUUCUUGCUGAAAUCUGGCUGGAAAGGCAGAUUUCAGCAUAUUCCCUUUUCCAGGGUGGCGGUAGCUGGGCUGGGAUAUCCCGCGGAUCCCCUCAGGGACUCGGGCCGGGCUCUCCGCUCUCUGCGCAGGAAAUGCCGCGUGGGCGCUGCUCCGGGCAAUCCGCUCCGCAUACCCCCGCUCCAUGGGGCAUUUUGCAGAUUCUCUUGCAUCUUCCCCAUCGUUUCCUAUAGGGAAUCCUGAGGUUUUCCCGCUCCGCCCAAUACCGGUGGGAGGACCGGCCGCUACCAUAG